GAAUCGUUGAUCUCCUUGUUUAAUCCAGUCAGACCCUUUACUUUGUUCCCGUACCUAUUACUGACUACAGACUCACAGACUCGCCUGCACACAGGUGGCCGAUCAGACCCUCACUAUCUACGGGGUAAACAUAUCAGAUUCAGCUGCAAGAUUGUACCCAAGUAUAUACAUCCAUUCCCGAGAUGGAUACGGUCGUAAAGCAUGGCCAUACGUUUGGGCCGGACGAUCUUUAUGUCCGCCAACUGGAAGGAUUACUCAAGGAGUCCUCUGAUGGUUCAGCAGUUUUACCACUGCCGACACCGCCGACACAUGCUCCAGUCUCGCUAUAUCUGACCCAGCAGGAGACUGGAACACGAGAGCCUUCCAGCGACCAGGUCUUCUUCGAAGCCAAUGUCACACUCUCCACGAUCGCAUACCGCCUGACAGCACCGUAUUGGCAGGCCAGAGUCAAUUCCCAUGCAUCUGGUUUCCCGCAUCUAAUUGUAACUUAUUUGAGGGUACAGAGCUGGCCACAAAAAAAACGCUGGUCCGUUCAUUACGGUACCUUUAGUUUCUUCGAGGCUGAUAAGGACCUUGGUUUAGUUUUACUGAAUACUAGCGUGACAUCGAAAUCACAGAAAAGGAGACCACCUCCGACUACCCCAUUCGACGUUGUCGUGGUUCGUUAUUCUGUGCCCGUGGUCUCAAUGUAUACGCUCAUAUUAUGGUACCGAUGUCUUUCCGAGGGAAUCAUGCGAUCAAAGGAAUUGCCACUAGCGCUAACACUUCAAGCCGGUCUUCACCAAGUCGGUGUGCCGGAAUACUCAGAUUCCCGUGGACAACAUCCGACACCCGUACUACGAUCCUCCGGUAUACCUGGGUCGUCACCACCCGGAAAGAUCUCAAAGGUUAGCUCCCAGCUUCAGGUCAAGCCGCAGUCAAACGUCAAGAAUAUCCAAUCUUUUUGGAACAAUUCAGUGAAAUUGAAGAUCAGGAACGCGGCUGUCAACAGCGGCGUCGAUCCUCGUAGGUAUUCCAUUAAGGGCGGAGUCAGACUGGAAAUAGGACUUAGAUUGGACCGCAUAUCUCCUGCUCUAGCGAAUAAUAAGACAACCCUUCAGCAAAUGUUUGAUACGCCACCUACUGAAGCUGCUGGGAUCAGGAAACGGUAA